AAUAAACAACAAAGGCAAUAUAAAGAGGAAAAAUAAUAAAUGAACAGUUUGAUACAUGAUACCAGGAACGUAAAUCCAAAUUAAAAGCCAAGUUAAAAAGAGGUUUUUAAUUUAUUUUUAAAAAGACCAAGGGAGUUUGCUGUCCUGAGAUCCAAGGGGAGGGAGUUCCACAGUUUAGGGCCAUAAAGACAGAAAGCAGCCUCACCAGAUUUCUUGGGAAAAUGAUGUCUAAAACCACUCCCAGAUCAGUAACGAGUGUUUUCAUGGUUUUACUAGAGCUGUUUUAAAAGCAGAGGGGAAGGUACCUGACUGCAGAGAUGUGUUGAUUAUUCUUGUUGUUUCAUGGGAGAUGUACUUAAAGCUGGAUUUAAACAGGGAGGUAGGGUCUAGUGCACAUGUGGAUGACUUCAUUUUGUUAAUGGUGACACCAAUUUCAUCAUCUGUUGUCAAACUAAAGGAUGUCAUAGUAGAUGGAGGCUCAACCACCGGCAGGCCACAGAGAGUUGAUGAAUCUGCAUUUAUAAUACUGUAUCUAAUGGUGUCGAUUUUUUUCUUUAAAAAAUAAAGCUAAUUCCUCACAUUUGAGAACUGAUCCUUGAUCAUUUAAACUAGAGGCCGGAGAUGGGUUCAAAAGGGUGUUGAUCGUGGAGCAGAGGACUUUGGGAUUGUGUUUGUUAUCAGUAAUGAUCUUUGAGAAGUGGGCUUGUCUUUCUUUUCUGACAGCAUUAUUGUAAAUUCUCAUGUGAGACUUUAAGCUGGCAAAUAGCAGCAGAUUUCCAAGGCGAUUUGUGGGCUACUUGUCAUUUUUUUAAUUCUUAGAGGAGCAGCAGUUUCAAAAGAAGACCUCAACUUAUUAUUAAAAUCAUGCAUUAGAUCAUUAACUGAGCAAGCAUUCGAUGGAGGAAAAGUAUGCAUAAUAUCUAAAAUUCUAGUCCUGUUAUAGUUAUCGAGGAUUCACUUUACAACAGCAGACUCAUGACACUGUUGUGAUGCAGACAUAGUAGCAUAAAAGAAAAACAGAAAUGGUCAGAUACAGGAACAUCAGUGAUAUCAGAGAUAUCUAUUUCAAUACCCCUUGUGAUACCCAAAUCUAAUAUAUUCCCAUGGUUGUGGGUGGCCCUCUUUACAUGUUGCACAAGAUCAAGACAGACCAGAACAUCUAGCAAGCAGGUGAUGUGCUUCUUGGACAUCAGAUGUUUCUUACAUGAAAACCUGAGCAAAUUGUGUGAAAUUCCCCCUAGGGCAUCUGAAGGAAAAACAAACAACCCUCACAAUGAACUGUUGCUGUACUCUGAACAGGCAUAUAUUGUGCAGUAGGCAGCACAAGCAGACACUCCUCAGACUAGGUGGUUCACAGACGCUUCACCAGCAUGAACACGCUCUUCUUCAUCGGCCAAAUCAUCUGCAUUGUCCUCAUCUCUGCCAUGCUGCUCUUCGUCCUUGCCAAGCUGGUUUCCCACCACUGCCGCAGCCAUGUGCAGGAUGGUUCCGGCUACGCUGUGUUGAUAACAGGCUGUGACAGCGGCUUCGGACACCAGCUGGCUCGAUGUUUGGAUCACAAAGGGUUUGUGGUCUUUGCUGGGUGUUUGUCUCCAGAAGGAGCCGGUGCCCAGAGCCUGGCCAGACAGAGCUCCAGUAAUCUGAAAAUCCUCAAGCUGGAUGUCACCAGUGAUGAAGAGGUGCAGCUUGCGAAGAAGAUGGUCCAGGAGAACCUGCCAAAGAAAGGUCUGUGGGCAAUUGUGAACAACGCUGGCAUCUCAGAUUGGGCCGAGAUCGAAUGGAGCACUGUUGAAGAUUUCCGCAACAUGGUCGACAUCAAUUUGUUUGGCUGUAUCAGGACCUCUAUUGCAUUUCUACCUUUGGUGCGUGCCGCCAAAGGUCGGAUGGUUUACGUGUCGAGCAUCUUUGCCUUCUUCAACUGCCUGAACAUGGGAGCAUACAGUGUGUCAAAGAGAGGACUGGAGGCAUUUGCCGAUUGCCUAAGGGUUGAAAUGGCCAGUUUUGGUGUGAAAGUCAGCAUCAUCCAGCCAGGUAAUUUCAGCCAAGCCACCAACAUCCUGAAGAUGAAAACUGGUUUUAAUGUUUGGGAGAAAUUAGACGAUGAACGAAAGCAAAUCUUCAACCGACAGUACAUUGAGCUGGCCAAUGAGUACUUCACGUCAACAUGCAGGUCGGGAUUCAAGAACAGCGACCUCGUCAUCAACGCCAUGCUGCAUGCGGUCACGUCCGCUCAGCCUAAACACAGAUACCUGCUGGUCUCAGUGAUGGAUAUGUUUUUCUUCAAGCUCUUCCCUUUUCUCCCCACCGUCCUCACAGAUGCUGUGUUUUCUCUCAGCUCCAUGUAUGCUAAAAGAAAAGAAAUGCUUUACACUAAAUAAGAAAGUAGUGAGGUAAUGGAAGAAACAGAGAAACUGGCCUGGGAAACUGCAUUUAAUGUUUUGCUUUUUCUGUCCUUUAUAUUUCCAUUAUAAAUUCCCUAUAUUUGUAAAACACCUUUGAAAUAGAUAAGUGUUUUAGGUAUAAAGUUAUAAUCAUUACAUAUAUAAUAAAUAUGUAAUGAUUAUAACUUUGUAAAACUGUUUUGAAUAUUAUGGUUUCAUGACUCUUAUUUGUU